AUGAAUUAUUUAAUUUCUCCGAAUUUUUAUUCAGCCAUCAACUUAUUACUGCAAAAUGCGCAGCCACAUAACAUGAAGUACUGGAAUGAUUUGAUUUUAAAUCUUUUUGCAUAUAUAAUAGCUAAUCAAGAAGUCAUGGAACUGUUUGUAAAACCAAAUUAUUCUCCACUUCUUGAACAGUAUGCAAAACUUGUUGUUUCGAAUAUAGAUGAUCAGCCAGAACAAUAUUUACAACUAUUUUCAUAUUGUAACUCAAUCCAACUUUUUAAUCAGUUUUAUUCAACGAAUCAAGCAUUACUAAAGCUAAUAAUCGACUUUAUAUCCGAAUGUAUUACGACUUAUACGACAGAUUCUACAAAAACUGAUAUUCUUUUCACAAUUUCAAAUUCAUUUGAAGUAAUGAGUCAAGAAAUUGCAAAUAAGUUUAGCCAAAUGUUUGAUGACUUAAUUGUUAAGCGAUUCGUCUCUAUUUCGAAUCCAGAAACUUCACUUUCCAACUCAAUUUACAUUUUGGCAAACUUGCAAGCCAAAAACGUUGUUUUAACUAUAUUCAAUUAUAUAUCAAAGAAACUACCUCAAUUUAUAGUUUCUGAAGAUGAUCAAAUUUCAUAUCUUUCAUUUAGGCUCAGUACGUUAUUAUUAGAGUACACAAACCCUCGGCUUCAUGAGAAAUACUCGGGAAGAGUUUCUUCUGACUUUACGAACCUUUUGAGAGCGAAUUGGUUUGUAAAUACUGAUACAACGGAAAUUCUUGAAGUUGUUAGGAUGAAUGUUGCGAAAUCUGAACUAGAAGAAGGAAUUGUUAACUGGGAUAUCGAAGAACUCCUUCUUUCCGUGAAAAAAAUUUUAAUUGAUUUAUUAGAUAAAGAAGAGAAAGUUUUUUGUGCAUGCAUUGAAUUUGUAACGGAACUUGCUGCAAAUAAGGAUAACUGCGUGUCAUUUUAUACUCUUUCGAGCGAAUGUGAAAAUGGAAUGUAUAAUUCGAUCAAAGAACUUUGUCUGACUGUUGCAAGACGUAUUGGAAAUAGGCCUUCAACUGUUGAUCAGCUUAAACAAGCUUAUUCGAAACUUUCUGAAAAUAACUACGAAGAUGACAGUGAAGGACUUCUUUUCAGGAAGAUUGUUUUAAUCAUUGAAUUCCUUAAAGAACUGAAUGCUAUAAGUAACGUCAAAAAUUCCUUUAGAAUGUCUUAUUUAGAAUAA